GGCAUCGGAGGGAGGGGCUCGGUCGCCUGCCCCCGUUUCUCAGCACCUUCUCUAUAAAAUUAGCGAAUAAUGCAGCAAGAAAUCCCAGCGUGUGCGCGCGGAUAUGUGUGCGUGUGACGACCGAGUCGGAAGCGAGGAUUAAACUUUAUGAAAAGGUCUCACCUGGCUGCAGACAGUCUCUCCAUCCAACGCGUUCCUUGUAAAGCUCUCCUCCGGUGUCCCGGCAGAGAUGGCAGCCAUUCGGAAGAAGCUGGUGAUUGUCGGCGAUGGCGCUUGUGGGAAAACGUGUCUCCUCAUCGUGUUCAGCAAAGACCAGUUUCCUGAAGUCUACGUUCCAACGGUGUUUGAGAACUACAUCGCUGACAUCGAGGUGGAUGGGAAGCAGGUGGAGUUGGCGCUGUGGGACACUGCAGGACAGGAGGACUACGACCGGUUGAGGCCGCUCUCCUACCCGGACACGGACGUCAUCCUCAUGUGCUUCUCCAUCGACAGCCCGGACAGUUUGGAAAACAUCCCUGAGAAGUGGACGCCUGAGGUGAAGCACUUCUGUCCCAAAGUCCCCAUCAUCCUGGUGGGCAACAAGAGGGACCUGAGGAAUGAUGAGCCCACACGGAGGGAGCUGGCCAAGAUGAAGCAGGUGCAAAAGCCUCUGAAGGAGCCGGUGAAGACGGAAGAAGGCAAAGACAUGGCCAGCAGAAUCGGUGCUUUCGGGUAUUUGGAGUGUUCUGCCAAGACCAAGGACGGCGUGCGGGAGGUGUUCGAGAUGGCCACCCGGGCGGCGCUGCAGGUCCGCAAGCCGCAGAAGAAGGGCGGCUGCCAGCUGCUGUGAGCCGAUGGGAGGAAUGGCCUCUUCUUCUCUUCACCAUGACAACCAGUGUGCAAAAAAUAAA